AUGGCCGCGUCGACGCAUCCGACAGGCACCCUCUCGGCCGCGCGGCUCUUUAUGAUGCCCCGUCGGUCCGAGCCCCAGUUGCCGCUGCAUAUGAACCCGCCACGGCUGCGGGCCGCGACCACGACAGCGUACCGCUCGCUGCCGCCGCACCUCGAGGAGCCGCGGCUGCGCCUCGCGCCACUCAAGCGCACGAGCGGUCUCAAGCCGCCGGCGGCGCUCGAGGACGAUGACGACGUGCCGCCCGAGCUCGUCGAGCACAUGUUUGCAAUCACGCCUCCGUCGACGCCAGCACUAGACGAUGACGACGACUUUCGACGUACAAUCUCGCCGAUCGCGGUCAUUGAACCGGCGGCGUCGCGCCAGCUCACGCUGCUCGAGAGCCUCAUGUCGCUCGCGCAUCGGCUCGGCGUCUUCAUCUUCGUCGACAUGGUGGACCAUUCUCCUCCAAUUCCCCUCGCAUGUGUUGUCGGCUUAUCGGGAUGGAUGGUGCGUAGACGGUCAAGCUCGUCAUGUUCCUCGUCUUCAUGUCGUACGAAGAUCCGCUGCGCAUGGUCAUCUCGAUCGUUGGCUACUCGAUUGUGUUCAACUUUAGCCCCAAACAAUACUUUGUGUUUGCGACGCUGUGUGCAAUCGACAGCCUCCUCGUCGUGUACCUCUGGAACAACAACCCAGAGAAGGACGUGUACCGUAAAGCCCUCAGCGGCCUCGACAUCGCCGUCAUCAUGAUCGAACUCAUGUUUACCAUGCGCCUCUUGGCCAUCACCCACCGCCUCAGCGACGAAGAACUCCAGCAGCUCCAUGAACGAUGAGAAGCCAAUACGACGACCCGACUAUUUAUCCCAAUGCAUAUCCUCAUCCUCAUCGUCGCCAGCACGUUAC